GUAUCGGCAAAGAUCGGGCGCUCGGGGCAACUCCGGCGUAACCUUCUGGGAAAGAUGGAUUCCUGAUUCAGAAGAUGGUCUCUUUUUUGCUCCAAGUUCUUGAUCGGUCAGGAGGUUGGCAUCAAUUCUUGGACUUGCGAUGUUUUGCGCAUGGGCUUCAUACUCGCCUCCUCAGAGAUUGCUUGCAUACACGCAAUGGCGAUGCAGGAAUAUACGAACGACAAGGAAGAGUCCUGUUGAGGUUCGAAGAGUUCCCAGUAUGGGACAACGCCUUGGCCGCCCAGUUCGAGCGAGGCAACGCCGCUGGUACCUAAUAACCAAUCUGCACAAAGCCCGGGAAAGGGGACCUCUCCGGCGUGCCCGGGGUAAAUCCUAUAAGGUAUCGGCUAGGAUGCCAGUCCAGUUAAGCGGAAGUCAGCCAGGAGAGCCGACUCAGUACAGGGCGUGGAAAGACACCCUCGCUUGUCGCUCACGAUCCACGAUCAAGUUACCCGUCUCUUAUAUUCGACCUAUCCUACCCAUGAUCCGCCCUUGGGGUGGUAUCGCAACCUGAACAGACCUGUCGCAGGGGCAUAGCAACAGCGCAUGCUUAUUCGCACAAAUGGAACAUAAUGCAUGUGGCCACAACUCGGCAUGGGAAUCAAAUCUCUACGUCACAUUUCCACAUUGCCCUCUGCUCCAACUGGCGUUUGAGGAAGCCACACAAGACAAGAAUCUUGGAAGUUGGAGAGUCUCUGUGAUCGAUUUUCAGGGUUCCGCCGCGGACAAGGCGACAACAAUAUCAGGGCCUCCCUUACUCGGUUGUGGCUACAUGAUUAAGACCCAAAGGUCCUUCCAUGUAUGUUCUUCGCCGUUUGUCAAGUGGAAACUUCGAGAGGUGCGGAGUAUGAACAGGACUGUGUCCCAUAUGUUUGAAUAAUUGGUCCAUGCGCCACAAACGACUACAUUUCAGAAUAGAGUAUCAAUCUAUCCACGUCUUCCAUUGGUUCAUGCGUAACUAGGGUUCC